AUGGACGGGCGAAAGUGCGAACUAGACGCACGAUGUGAUGAGCUCAGGACCGGCAAUGAGGAGACGCCCCAAAGGAACCCCUCCAAUGUUGGUAAGGACUAUGUGGGAGGCUGCGUGAAAAUUAAUUUAACGGCUAGCCUUGAUUUGAAGGAUAAAGAAAAGGAGGUGAACCCAUGGGGGGAGAAAAGGGGGACCCACUGUAAGCUGAAUGAGGAUGGGAGAAGCGAACACAGAGGAGGAGCGUCCGACGUGAAGGACCACUUUGAGAAGAGCGUGAGCUGUGCGCAGGUUAACUUGUCUGGAGGCGAGCAGGAGGGUUCGUUGUCCAGCCGAAACGAUUUACACGAUCAGGAAGGGGAAAGGGAAAAGGAAAAGGCAAUAGAAAAGGAUAAGGAAAAGACAAAAGACGGCUCCCAAAUUAACCAAAGGAUCCGCACACAUGUGAUUUGCACAGGUGGGCGCACAACAGCGCCGAGUCCACAGCAACAGCGUGGCGGUGAAAGCAAACGUAUAGAUCUACCCCCUGUGGAGAAAAAGAACCCUCACGAUGGAGGCACCUCUCGGGGAAACACUAACAUGAUUAGCAGCGGUGACCAAAGGAGAAGCGGUGUGGACGGUUUACACAUUUCGGCGAGAGAGCAAAAUGCAAAUAGAGCUUCCACCAAUUUGGGGACGUGGUGUAAUUGGGAAGUGUCUGUUAAUGAUCAGGUGUCCUCCACCAGAGGAGUGCCUAAAGAGGGCGCUCACCUGCGGGAAGCAAUUAGGGUCCCAUCCGUAGGAGCGGAUGACAACGCGGAUGAGGAAGCGCAGAAGGAGUGUACCGUGGUGCAGGGGGGAAGUAACCUCCCCCAUGGUAAUGAAGAGCAGGAAGAGGAAAGGAAAACCAAUCCUAUAAUGCAGCAAAGUUUGGCUCAGCUAAGUAGGAAUAAUUGCAUGAACAGGUCAGGUAGUUAUGUACAGAAUGGAGAGAAACAUAAUCUGUAUGAACAGAAUUAUCCGAGGAGCGCCAAUUUGGAGAUGAACCUCGUUGGUGAAAGUCACCUGGAUGAGAAAGACAGACGGGGGAACGUUCCCCCUGGGGGUGACUCCGAUUGGGUAAGCACCCUCAACAGGAGAGAGACCCCCCAGAAUGUAGAAGACCAUCCGCGGGGUAGCUGCCCUGUCGUGAAGGACACUGCCCAUUUGAGAAAAAACCCUCAUGGGGAAGAAGAGACAAGGGAGGGAAGCUCUAAGGAGGAUACACCUGUGGGUGCAAUUUUCCAUGAGAGGUAUAUCCCCCCUGUGAGUUGCACAGAUACACGUGAAACUGCAGACAACAUAGUCGAGACAAACAGAACGUUUGAACAGAAGGAGCGAUCACCAUCACAGGUGAGGGUAGGUGGAGCACCCAGGAGGUAUAACCCUGGGAGGGACCUCUCCACACAGCGUAGUGAAGAUAAUAUACACACGAUUUGUAGCCUUUCAUAUGUGAGUGCUCUCCAGCGUGGCAACCAAAAUGAGAGCAAGGGGGGAAGGUCUCUACAAGUGGGGUGCAAUAAUGUGUUUAUCUCUAUCGAUGCGGGGAUAACCGAGAUAACCCAGAACCGAACUGCAGAAGCGCCGAAUGGAGGAACUCCCAAAUUACCUGAACCAGUCAGGCAGAAUGAUAACCAAUUGGGAAUACCGCAUGGAGAAAUUAAAAAAGUUGGGAAGGAUAACUUGGAAGGGUACCCUUCGGGGGAGGGGGACAAAACGAAUGUAGGUGAAGCAGAUUUAGAGGAAGGUCCGAACGGGGCAGUGAGUCACGAAAGGGUUACUCUCUUCCCAUGUGAUGUGACCAUAGGGAUGAUUUCAUCUGGAAAAAUUGGGAUACCUGCGUGGGAAGAAAAAAAUGAAGCGGUUAGUUACAUAGUUGUAGAAAAUGAAAAAGAUGCCCAUUUGGCAGAUGGUAAUGAAGAACGUUUUUCAUGUGAAAAAAGAGAGGUAGUGCGAUUGGAUGGGGCUCCACCAAGUGCACCUCCAGUAAGGGAGAACUCACAGGAGGGGAGAAGCGAGACGAGCAGUGCUACGCGCAUCGGCAAGCUGGAUAAAGAAGCAAUCCGUAAUGGUGUAGAACGAACAGUUGCUGAGGGAGAAAGAAAAAAAAAAGACAGCUCACCUGAAAUAUGCAAAGUAAAUGUAGACGUGUCCAAAGAGGUGGAUGAAAAGUCGAGGGGCAACCCGAUCAGCCCGUGCAGGGGAAGCGAACAUGGGUUCACUUCGCAAGAUCUGUUAAGCAGAAGUAAGUACAUAGCGGGUAACCAAUUGGUGGGCGUCCUUCCCAGCACGUUGGUAAGUCUAGGCUACACCCCUGAUGCGCAUGGGGUAGCCAGGAGGACAAGUAGAACCCGUUUUGGGGAACGAAAAGGGAUUCACAUGGUAGAUGCGAAGUGGUCAGAAGGGGGUAACCCUAUUGUGGAAAGCUAUCAAAGGAGUGGAAAUAUUCCUAUGGGCACGUAUCCAAAUGGCCACGAGGAAAUUGUAACCCACAGGGAUGAUGCCUUCAGCUCAUUUGAGAAGGAGAUGAAUAGCGCCCUGCUAGAUUUACACAAAGAGGGAGCAGAUGACUGCCAAGAUAACUUCACCCAGUUGGGCGAUUGUAAAAAGAAGAAGAAGCGAACAGGAAUUCCACUAAACGAGAGGAAGUACUACCGCGUGCUGGCUAAACAGAUGAUUAAAAUACAGGGACUAACCUUCGAUCAUAACCAGAUCAGGUGGAUUGCCUACUGGAAGAACGAGAACAACAAGCAGAUUCAGAAGCACUUCCCCGUGUGCAAAUACGGGUUCUACAAGGCGCGUCAGCUGGCGCUGGAGUUUAGGAACUCGAAAUUUGACUCUGGCGGUCAGGCGGUUAGAAGUGGAGCGGUGGGAGGUGGAGCGGCGGGUGUAGGCACACUGGGUGGCGAAGCAGAGACUAUUCAAAGGGUAACCACCAGUGAAGUAGACAAACAGGGGGGGGACACCCCCCAAAGCGGCAAAAAGAGCAGCCACAAAAAGGACGCGGCGACGCCCAAAGUUUCGGAGCCCACGCAGAAGGGCAGCCAAACGACAGAAACGCGCACCAAAAAUAAAAGAAAAGAUCCAAAGGUGGGGAUGCACAACCCCCGUAAGAGGAGCCGGGUCAGCAGAAGACGUGUCCAUCUGGGCGAAGAAAGCGGAGGAGUUGUAGCGAACGCAAGUCACGCAGAGGGAACAACGAAAGAGGAGAAUGAACCGAAAGAUGUGGACGAAAAAUCGAAUCUAAAAUUGGUUAAUAAAAGGAUAAACACAUCUAAAGGAAGUGUAUAUGGAGGGAAUAGCCCCGCUGGAAGGUCAUCGGUAGGAAGUUUUUCUGGAGGAGGCCACGCAGGGAUGAGGAGACAUGAUUUGAAAAAUGUGCCGAAUGUUGUAGCCCUUCAGAACGGAGGCAAUUUGAACAGCAUGCAGAAUUCGCCCCAUUCGACCAUCUCGCAAGGGUUCCCUGCGUUCGCGGGGGGGCAGGUGGUGGGCGGGGUGAGCGGUCCACGUGGCUGUAUAGGGGGCAGUGGGCACAGCUACGACCAGGCCACACACGCAACCACCGAGGGGCAGACCCCCAAUCGACACGCUUACGCAACGGGGCCGUACGGUCCAGCCAACUUCUACAAACAAAAUGGAAUGAUAAGCACAGGACCACACGGCAACGCAUGGGGCAGCACACAUGGGCGAACAGACAGCUACAGUUAUAUGGUGAAUAACUUCGCAGCUAUGCCAAGCGGGCAGAACAUAGCCAUGGCGGCGUGUCGAAGGGGACUGCCAAGUGAGGCAGCUUACCUGAGUCAUGGGAUUAGUGGAGAGGUUUUGCCGAAGGGGCAAUUCACCGAUUCGUGUAGAAGUGUGGCCUACCAGAACCCGAUGAACAGAGAGGGGCAUUUGAACAGAGUGAGACAGUCCCCUACGAACCAGCUGAGUCCCUUUUUUGGUGCCAACUACGGGGGGAACUCCCAGACAGUCACAGGUGCAGCCGUUUCGAGUAACUGGGGGGGACACACACCAAUUGGGAGUUAUAUCGAUGGUUCAAAUUUCCAUCACGUGGGUAUGAAGAACCAGGGGGGAGGGAUAUACUCCCCCCGUUUUGGAGGUCAACAGUCUGGGUCGCCCCAGCACAUGCGGAGUGGCACUUACCAGUACAGUAUGAGUGAGGGGAGGGCACAAGUUAUGGGUUCCCACUUUAACAGAGCAAAUAAAGUUGCGGAUGGCACAUGGAACAGGCCAUGCGAGGAAGGGAAUGGAGAGAACCCUAGCGAUAAUUUGACCAUGCAAGGUGGUGUGAAGAAUGCCCUGGAAGGUCAGAGAGUUAGAAGUAGUGCCACUUCCAGCGGUAGCGGUGUUGGCGGCAUGGGGGGCCAGGGAAUUGUUAAGACAGAUUGUGCUCUCCCAGAAGGGGACAACUCGACGGAGGAGAAGCAACAGGAGGGCAUGGACCUUAGCCUGAACGUGAAUCUGCACAGUAGGGUAGGUGGCGAAAGGAGCGAGCGCGAGACGUGGAACCUAACUAGGGCUUCCACAGCGACGCACAUUUCGGAGCACCUGAGUGAACUGGUAAACGUAAGCAGAAGUGCACAUUACGAGCGCAGCCAGGGAGGGAGUCUCCCCAGUGAAGGUGCUGCCUUGGCAGAAGUAAUCGGCUUGAGGAACACCGGUGAUGAGACCACACGGGGAAAGGCGAACGUUUUGGGGAAUCCCACCGAAUCGUUUGGAAGGCGCGUAAAUUCGCCUGAACAGUGGAUAAGCAUUCAUCCCAUGGAAAAGGCAAAGGUGCUGAUGAACAACGCAUCUGUUGAGAGUGGCGAAGCGGGAAGGGUGACGUGUGGCCAUUCGGCAGAGGGAGUACCUUCUGCAUGUGUAGUAGACACUGCAUGUACGAACCAGGAGAGGAAGAAGUCAGAGAGAAACGUCAGCGGGAAAAGUAAAGGGAAAAAAAGCAAUUCCGUGAAGAAGGCGAACAGAAAGGGGGGCAAAAGUUGUAGUGACGUACACAUCCGGGGUAGCGGUAUGGCUCUGCUGUGCGAAGGAGAUAUGCCUAGUCGGAGCUGCCAGUGGUAUGGGGAAGAUGCCAGUGGGGAGGUGCAUACAAUUGGUGGCGGCGAACACAACCAGGGGGGGAUCUCUAACGGGGGAGUGGUCAAGGAGUCCAAAAAGCAAAGUCGCAAAAAAAGCGCAAAAAGGAAAAAAGAAAAAAACGAAUUAGAUGUUGCACACCUGAGUGGGAAACAGAACAGAAGUGAGUGCAACCAAAUAAGUGACGCCAACAAUAAAGGGAAUGAAGAAGCCAGUUGUGAAGAAAGCGGCCACAGUAAAUGGACGCACAGUAUGGGCGUGAUGCACAGGAAAGCUAUCCCAAAUGAGGAACCAAAGAAGGCAGCAAUAUAUGGGGAGGGCAGCUGUGCAAGUGAGAAACAGUUAGAUCCGUGUGGCCAGCUAAAUCGGCUCACGCAAAACUCUCCUUUCUCCGUUCCCAAUGGGGAACCCAGUGUGCCACGGGGCGUCUUUCCCCCCAGCGAUGCGCAGAAUGACGAGAAUGGAAGUGUAAAAGGAACAAACGAGUUAGCAAAAAAGGAGACAGCGGAAAACGAAGAGGGGGAAGAAAUGUACACAUACAAACCAAAUCAGCUCGAAAAAAACAGCUGUAACGACCACGAUGAGGAUGAAUACUACUACAGCGAGAUUUUGAAAAUGCCGAAGAUUAAAGGAGUCCAUUUUGACAUAAGACAGAAGAGGUGGUGUGCCUAUGGGCACAAAAAAAAAGAAUGCUUUUCUGUGUACCGUUAUGGGUUCUUAAUUGCGAGAGAGCUAGCUGUGAAGAGUCGGCUAAAGGUGCAGAAAAGGAAGAACAGCCUGAAGUUGAAAAAAAAUAAAAACUGCAUGAACGGCGAAAGUGGAUGCGGUGAGAAUGGGGGGUCGUCUGCGAAGAAACGGCAACUCGUGGGGGAUAAACAAACACAUAGUAGUGACCAAUGGGAGGUUUCGCAUCUGCCAUAUGAUGGCACAGAUGGGAAUGGCAACCCGGGGAGCUUGAAUGAUUAUACUGGUCCCCCUUCCCCGAUCGGCUCAGCGGAAUGCACGCCUACCCCCAAUGUUAGCGGCCAAAAGGGGGAUCCCAUGGGUAGCAGCACACCAACGGGUGGCUCGCACGAAAAGGAUGAACAGAGAGAGGACAUGGGUGAGCGGACGGAGCUUUGGAACGGGGCUGAGGUGAACGCAAAUUUGUUUCCAAUACGGUUCGAGCACUCGCGCGAGACGGAGUCGUUGAAGGGACCCAGAGUUAGCGGCGGCAAGCUUCGCGCCUACAACGGGAGAGAAGCGAGUGCUGCAAGUGGUGCGAGUGGUGCGCGUCAGCCUUAUGGGGAUAACCCAUACGGGGGGUGCUGCCUUAGCCCAGAUAGCUAUGCGAACCGCAGUUACACCGGGGUGCCCAUCGAGGUGGACCCCACCAGGAGGUACUACACGGGGGAGGUUGGCAGCAGAGGGGGAAGCGGCACGCACAAUGUUGUCCCUCUUCCCAGCAUGGUGCACCAUUCUGGGAAGGACAAACAUUUUAGCUACCCAGGAAGCGAGAAUCGAAUGAGCAGCGUUAAUCGGGUGGAGGAACCAUUCGCCUUUAAUCGCCCCAAUGAGCAAAUUUGCCUGAGUGGUCAGGUCAAAAGGGACAACUUUUAUGGCGCAUAUGAUGCAAGCGGGGGGACAAAUCAGAUGAUGAAUUGCAACCUGGAAAGGGGAGCAAGCAAUCCUGCUAAUAUGGGCAACGUGGAAAGGGGUGUCUUGAGAGGGGCCAAUAACGACUGCCAGUCGUAUGGCGGAGGUGCCAGCUGGUACAGCGUGGCAAGGGCAAAUGGGGGCAUGCAGAAGAUGGGUUCUGUUCCGAUUGGGCCUAUUCCCAUUGGGGCCAUUCCCAUUGGAGGUAUUCUCACUGGGGGCAUUCCUGUCGGGCCCGCCCCACCUUUGGGAAAUGGAGCCAUGAAGAGUAACCUCGCCAGUGACGAGGCGCUCAAAAGGCUGAGCCGGAUUGCUUUGCUGAACGAGGGGCAUUUUGCCAACCGUAGAGAACAUGUUAGUGGAAAUGAGGUCAUAAGCACUCAAGGGGGGUUCCCCCUCGGGGUGGGUGCCGCUCUACCAAUUGAUGCGAAGAAGACAUGCGUCCCAGAGAUGCAGCAGAGGAGUCGCGCGAAUAAUAGAACCCAUAGAAGUGGACUCACAGAUGGGACUAGCCAAUUUGUGCACAACAGAGAAGUCGCAAUUUUAGAACCCGUGGUGGAGAGCAAGCCGAACAAAAAGAGACCCAAAAAGGAUGUUGUGCAAAAUGGCUACUGGGGUUUUAUUGACAAUUGGGGGAAGGGAACAACAGGAGGGAGUGAUCAAGGGGGGGGUACCGACCUAGCGACUAAUGGGGUGGCACACGUGAAUAACGCUUCACUAGGUAACAAUGGGGGGACUCCCUUUUUCGAGGCGAAUGGGGGCAGCAUGGGCGGGGCUACCCCUACGGGAGGAGGCGAAUUCGAAACGGUGGGGGGAAGAAGUGGUGUAUCGAUUGGAGCCGCAAAUGAAGAAGCGACCCGUGUUGAUGGCAUGCCGAACGUGGGGGGGCACUUCCUUGGGCUUAGCCCUUCCCCUCAACAUGCGGCUCCCCAGAAUAUGCUCCCUCAGUUCCCCCACGUGAACAGCACACAGGUGCCGUUUCUACAAAGCUGGGGCGCACAUCAAGGGAAAAACCUUCCAAGUGGGAACAUCUCCACAGGGAUGAACGCAAACCAGUGGGGAAUCCGAAAUAAGGGGGACAGACAAAAUGGGGGGAGACAAAACGGGGAAAGGCAAAACGAUGCAGGAAGGGUAAUACACAUGAGUGAGACGAAUUUUUUGCAAAAUGAUAUGAACAGGGGGGGAGUAAAAAAUUAUAGUGCAGUGAGAAGUGUCGAGCCGUUUGGGGUGCAUCACUUAAUGGGGAGCACCACCUGGAGAGGCAGGAAUGUGCAAAGCGAUUGCUCGAAGGGGAGGAUGGCCUCAUGUAUGCUGGUGGAGGAGAAGACAAACUAUGAGGCAGGGAAAGAACCGCACCUCCAAUACGACCAGCAUAUGGCCAGCAUAAGAAGUGGCUACCCCGAAUAUGCUAUGCAUCCCUGCGUUGAUGUGAGUGACCCCUUUGUGCAAAACGGAGAGUACAUCACUCAUGCGCGUAGAAAUUAUGGAGGAGACGCAUCUGCAAAAUUGCUUGAGGAGGGGAAAAAGCAAACGGAUAAACAUUCGCAUGAAAAUGAGAAAAAAUUUUUACAUAAGGUUUUUCAGGACAAUAGAAAUAUAGGCCGUAUCGAGGUGGGCAUGAAAAAUAACCCAGUGGGGAGCGGCCUUCAGAAAAGCAAGCGUUUGAAUUUUGAGGAGGUUAACAUGUUUCACGCGGAGGUAAGAGAGCCUAUCGUGAGUGGGAACAGUGUAGAAGUGGCUGCAAAGGAGCAUAAAAACGGGGGGGAUUAUGCCAAACAGUGGGUCCAGCUAAACGGGGAGGCAGUCUACUACGACAGGGCAGUCUCCUAUGACAGGGUGGAUGUGGGAAAGACAGACAGAAAGGCAACAAACAAAGGAGUAAAAAUUAUGAAACGGGAAAAAAAAAAAAAAAGAAAAAAAGAACACAUAACACCACAAGGGGGGGACCAUAUUUUUCAUUCGUUAGAUGCAGCACAUGUGAAGUGUGAGGAGAAACAGACCCGCAGUAAUGAUAGUAAAAGGAGCAAAAAUGGGUUCGCCAAUUUUAGAGGUUCUAAUGAGACAUGUGCGACAGCGGAGGAGGGGGCACAAGUCUGCCUCUUACUAGGGAGCACUUUGGAAGGAAACGAAGGAGCAUCAAAUGGAGCAGUUGCUGUGCUGGGUACUACCAGGAGUGACGCGGGGGGGAGGAGGAGAAGAAGAAGCGAGGUGGUUGGGAAGAACAACUGCGGAAAAGAAAAGAAUGCUCAAUUGAGUAUUUCACGGGGAGGUGAAAACCUGGGGGGAGCGUCCUUAGCUGGGAUGGGAUUCAACGGAAGAGGGGCCCAAGCAAAGGAGAAAAAAACACCCAAGGGGAAUAAUAAAAUGUUAGAUGCAACUACAACUGGUGAGGAGGGAGAGAAGCAUAGUCAGCUUCACCCUCGGAGAGGUGAUUUCCCCCUUUUGCAAAACCAAACGGGUGAGUUAAUAUGCCAAGGGACUGAUCCGUAUGGAGGGAUGGUGGUAACUACGCAGGGGGGAAGCCCCCGACACGUCAACCAACGUGAAGAACAAAAAUGGGACCCAUUCGUUUUUUUUAGAGGCACUGGUGGGGGUGGCCAAGAAAACAUCCUUUGUGAUGACCAUGGGGAGGUGGUGCUACAUGGGGGUUCACCAUAUGGUCACUGCUCCUCGUUUAGCAGGACGAAUGGGGAGUCCCCCCAAAGAGGCAUAAAGUGCGAACAAUUGAAGGGGCAGCAAAUUAACCCAUUGGAAGAAUCCCCAACGGUGAGUCGAUUUGAAACCCCCUAUGGAGGAGAACAAAGUGGGCGCUUCACAGAAGAAGCGGCAAAUGGGGUAGUUUUAAAUAAUGUGGACGCUUCAAGUGCAGACCGGUUGCCCCUUUCCGCCAACAGGAGCAACGCCAGAGAAGUUAACCAUUUGGACGUCCUCGCAGGUGCGCUACGAGAGAGAAGAUUUGAUGGUGGCUCCUACAGGGAAGUACCCAAUUGCCAUUUGGGUAGGGGCGCGGAGGAAAAGGCCAGCACCGAUGAUGUGCACCGUUUUGAGGCGGACAGGAUGAUGGCAGCGGCGGAGGUGUUUCUGAACGGGGACUACUUCGGUGUGUGCGGUGAUGUGCCGUUGCCCACCGGGCCCCCUCCUGCCAGCGGCAUGGUAAGCGACGGGCCAGGCGGGGGGCAGAACGAAUGGAGCAGGCACAGCCGCAAGCGGGACGGCAAAAAAGGGACCAUUCUAAAGAAUGUUCACAUAGUGAAAGAGUACGGCGAGAGGUUUCCCCCCCGAGGGGCAGAGGAAGGGGGCGUGCCAUGUGAGAGCGCGGCGGAUGGAAAUACAAGCGGAGAGGACAGCCUGCUCGACAGAUUCUGUUUAUUCAUUUUUGGGAGUAUGAAGGUUAGCGAGCUUGUGCCUAUGCAUUGUGUUGGCACGGAGAUGGAGGAGGUCCUUUUGGCGGAGCCCUACCGCGAGGACGCCUGUUUGAGUUUACACGACCUGAACAUCAACCGAGCGAAGGAUGUCAUCCAAACGAUACACUUUAAGAAGCUCAUUUUGAAAUACCUCCUUAUGGACUUAUUUAGAAACACAAGUGUGCCAGAGUUUUCCAAAAUGACAGCUGAUAGAACCCAUUUUUUGGUGAACCCACAGAAGUGUGCAUCUAGCUACCCCCUGACAAGUGAAAUAGACAAGAGUAGGGACCUUCUGCAAAGGGUCGAGAGGUACCAUUUAAAAUUUGUUAAUAAUAUUUAUGACCAGAAAAUUGUGCAGAUGUACUGGGAUGUGUUCGUGACUUGCUUGGUGAAGAACGUCACGGCGAGUGUGCUGCCCUUCGAGGAGCACUGCAUGGUUAUGCGCUCCCUGCUGCUGCUUUACCUGGACGGCUCCGCGCCGGGGGGGGCGAGCUGUAAGUAGCGAUAUGUACUGGGCAGAGGUGGUCAUUUUGGGGAGGACCCCACUUGGAGGGAAACUUUAUUUCGUCCCACUUCCGUUAGUACACACCCAAGCCAUGUUACUAUUUUUUUUUUUUUUUUUUUGCCCGCCUGCUUGGCCUUCACUUCUGGACGCGGAAGUAUGUAGGGCAGCUCAGGCAUACGCACAAGCAUAGAAAUAUGCAUAUACUUAUAUACAUAUUCUACAUAGCUGCGUGGACGAGUGCGUACCAGGGGGGCACUCCUUCCAUUCGUUUUUUUUCGAGUUUGUUUCCGCCUGUCCUCCUUCGCCUAUUUUCCCAAAUGGAACAUGCACGGAAAAGCGGCGUGAAUAUUAUCGCAGCAU